AUGACAGAUAAUCCUGGAGAAGAGAGCUUAGAUGAUAGAUUGACACAUGAGCUAACCGAAUUGUCUACUAAGUUGGUCACUUCGGUUGCAAGACAAUCUGAGUUGGAAGAGUCUAUGCUUCAUUUACAUAAAGAAAAUGUAAGAAUAAGAGGAGAACUUUCGUCGCUGAAAGAGUAUCAAGAGAAAUAUGAGUCAUUGUUAGGAAAGUAUGAUAAGUUGCAGUUGGACUUUGAUAAAACGGACAAGUUGAAGAAAGAUGCGGAGGCCCAAAAUACAAAGCUUCAAGGUGAAGUGGAAGACUUGACGGCGUCACUAUUUAACGAAGCAAACCAGAUGGUAAGCAAUGCAUCGAGGGAAACGUACAACUUUAAGGUCAAAAACAGAAAAUUGCAUGAAGAGCUUGAAGAGAAAGAUACGAUAAUUACUGAUUUGCAAGAACAACUUAAGUAUUUGAAAGAUCUAUUCAUGAAAAUUGAAGAUAAGCAGAAGGGUAGUUCCCGUAAUGGAACUCCUUUGGUUGAACAGAGUAGUGAGUUUGAAAGUGAGCUAGACAACAUAAUUUAUUCACCCACCAUAAAAGCAAUAAGACUUGAUCUACCUAAUUAUCAACAUGAUUUUAAAAUAUUCAUAUAUACAAUAAUCAAACCAACGUUCCAGUUUGAUCUCCUGAGCUUGAAAAACACAAAAUUUUUCCGUAGAGUAUGGAUGGAAGAAUUAGAGAAUAGCAUCUCGUCUAUACCUAGUAUGUCCAAUGCCAACUUCAUCAACAGAUGGCAAAAAGGAAAGACUUUCUGGAACCUACUUGUUGAAGGCAAGGCAAUUAUUGAACCAAUAAAAGGAGUCAAUGAAACUUUCAAGUUGACUUAUAAAGGAGCUAGUGGGUCGUAUAAUAAUGCACCGGUUGCAACUAAAGAACCAUGCAGCUUUUGUGCGGAAUCCAGGAAUGAUAACUUGGAGCACGCGAGAUUGUAUUCGUUGAAAUUGUUGAACCCAGAACCUCCAAGUGCAACUCCAAGCACUAGUUCCUUGUCUUUGGUUGAUAACAAUGAGGUCAUUGCAAGUUACUCGCUUUGUAAUUACUGCCUUAUUAAAUUAAGAAAUAUCUGUGAUUUCUUUGCAAAGCUCAGACUCAUUCAUUCUAAUGUGUACAAAAUUGAACAAAAUAGACAAUAUGAUGAAGUCAUCAACAUUGCUAACAACUUUCAGUUCAAGCGAGCACUGAAUGAAUCGAUUCCCGAUACUUCUAUCAUGUUGUCAGAGGUUGAAGAAUCCAAGCUCACUAAGCUCUACAUAAUAUUGGCUUCAAUUCGGGCAAAGAUAUUCUGGAGUAAAAUCGGUUUUUGGGAUCUAGCUGAAAAUACAGUCGAAUCAAACUUGGAUGAAUUGUCUACAGAAGCCUUUGCACCAAUCAUUGCGACAGAGCAUGUUCAUAGUAGCGUUUCAUCUCCAAAAGGUGACGACCAACUGACGAAGUCUGAAGAAGAAAAAGUGCAAACAGACACAUUGAAACACGAAACGAUAGAACGAAGAACUAGCCAUAUUCAUGCGAAAGAUUUCAAACUCACAACUGAUGAAGAGGGCAAAGUAAAACUUCAUUCCGGCAAGACCGUUGCGUCUGAACAGUCAGAAACUACUUCCCCUUCGACCACGAAUCAAACUUCUGAUAACGAUAUAAAUGACCAGUCUGUAGAUGAAGAAUUCGCUGACACUUCGGAGACGCUUCCGUCACCUGAUCAACCCGAUGAUACUUUGACGCAACCCGCAUCUCAACAAUCUUCGGGUACUCUAAAGAGGAAGAAUUCGAAGUCCAAACAGCUCAAGAAAGAAGUCAAUAGUGGCUUGGAUAAUACUAUGGAGAUGUUGAAAGAAAGCAUCAAGGAGUAG